GACGUGGCAUGAAUCGUACCGUAGACACAUAAUACUACGAUGACCAAAUGUCCGAAACAAUACACUUCACUUCUUAUUCACUAAUUUGACCUAAUCUUAUCCUCAAAAACGACAGCCUCCUCUUUUUCAGAAAAGAAAAUGACAGCCUCCUCUUUUUGAGAAGAGAAAAUGACAACCUCCACUACGUUGCUGUCGUUGUUCAUGAAAGAAGAUGAAGAGCAAAGAAAAGAGCAACGAAACUGGUUGGAUCUUCCGCCGGAGUUGACGACUUCGAUCUUGCUCCGACUUAGCGUGACUGAUAUACUGUUUAACGCUCAGAAGGUGUGCAGACAAUGGCGACGCGUCUGUAAAGACCCUUCGAUGUGGCAGAAAAUCAACUUGCGAGACUGCCUAUUCUAUCGGUUCGAUUUCGAGGGCAUGUGUCGUCACAUUGUUGAUCUCAGCCAGGGUGGCUUGCUAGAGAUCAACAUUGGACACUUCGUGAGCGAUUCUCUCCUCAGCUACAUCGCCGAUAGAUCAAGUAAUCUGAAAAGUCUUGGACUUUCAAUCUAUGAACAAAUGACGAACGAAGGAGUUAUGAAGGGAAUUGCAAAAUUUCCAUGGCUUGAAACCCUCGAGGUCUUCCAUUCAUCGUUUAAAUUGGAUUUGAAGGCUAUAGGCCACGCUUGCCCACAUCUAAAGACAUUGAAGCUAAACUUCUCAGGCUGCCCAGGGCAUGAAAUUUAUCUUAUAAGUCAGUUAGAUUUCAUUCCCCCUCCCGUCGAAUGUGAUGAUGAUGCCCUAGCAAUCGCUGAAAGCAUGCCGAAACUACGCCACCUCCAGCUUAUUUGGAACGGACUGACCAACACUGGCUUGAAUGUCAUUCUCGACGGUUGUCCUCACCUGGAAGACCUUGAUGUGCGCAAGUGUUUCAACAUUAAACUUGUCGGGAAUCUUGAGAAGCGAUGUUUGGAGAGGAUCAAAGAGUUGAGACGCCCCGGUGACUCAACCGCCGAUUACCCAUAUAAUAUCGGUGUGUCGACAACUGUGCUUCAGAUCAUGAUUAAAUGUGGAUUCAUUCCGAGACACAGGGUUGCUUGUUGAUGGUCUUGUCAACUUAUGAACUCGUUUAUGUCUCUUCUUUUCUCUAUGAUGCCAGUGACUAUUAUUGGUAUUAGAUACUGAAUCUUUCUGAACAAUGCAGAGAACAUGUGGUUUUUGUUGGUUUUGUCAACUUAUGAACUUGUUCAUGUCUCCUCUU